UUGAAAAGAUUGAUGUUAAGAUGUGAUAUCACUUACCGUAAUAUUGCAUUCUGCAUAUGUAAUAAAACGAGGUAAUAAAAUGCAAGAAGUGUGCAGCUCCGCAGACCAUAUCGGAUCCCAGGUCAAAACAGAAACGCCUGGCCUAGGAUCAUUGCAAGGAAGUGUUUUAGUGGAAGCAGAUGCAACGAGAUCGCAAUCUCAUUCACCUUUAAUUCAAACAGCUUCUAGGUUGAAUCGAAAACCUCUUAUAAGUGAUAAACCCAUAAGAUGUGCUACGCAAAGUUCUACAACCACGGAUACAGUGCCUCAAACCCAAGUUCAUCCUGAUUCAUCAUAUUGGAUGCAAAAUGAAAGUGGAUUUAUUAAUUCUCAACCAUCAAUGGCAGAGUUUUUAACUCAUAUAGAUUCUGAAAGCCCUAAAUUGAUUACUCAAGGAUAUCCAGUAGGCUCUACAGAAAAUUUAGACUCCGUUCCAGAAUACCCCUGGAUGAAAGAGAAAAAGACAGCGAGAAAGAGUCAAACACAAGCAGAAUUUGUGGCUGAAAACGGAUUGCCCAGACGCCUCAGGACCGCAUAUACCAACACCCAAUUACUGGAGCUGGAGAAAGAAUUUCAUUUUAACAAAUAUUUAUGUCGCCCGAGAAGGAUAGAAAUUGCUGCGAGCUUGGACCUCACCGAACGCCAGGUGAAAGUAUGGUUUCAAAAUAGACGAAUGAAACAUAAGCGCCAAACUUUAACAAAGACAGAUGAUGAAGAUUCCAGUAAGGAUGACUUGAAAGAUUCCAAUUCAAAGAAGUCAUGCCAAGGUUGUGAGCUGCCAUCUGACGACAUACCUGAUUCAACUUCGAACUCUAGAGGACUGAACAAUAGCACUCCAAAUAACUCAACACCUAAUUCCACAGUUGAUGCUGGAACAUCAUCUGGAAAUACAUUUAAUGCAGACUCCAGUGUUGCUUCAACUGGUAGUGUUGAUGAUGACGAAGAAGAACAUAUCAAAGAUAAGAAGAAAUCGGAAAGCCCUUCAACAAUCAGGAAAGAUGGUGCUAAUACAAUCAAAAUAAUAAAUCAUUCAAAAAAUCUUGAGUCUUUAAAAAAAGAUGGAAGCAUCAAUGCACCUCAUGUUCCAGGUAUAACAAAGCCUACAACAUCUUCAGAAAUGAGUACAAACUCAUGUACUCAAACGCACUUUAAUCACUUAGGAUCAUAUCCAAUCAUAAGAAAUAGAAUUCAAUCUCACAUGAAUGCUGAAAGCCACCCUUCAACAAACAUAAGUGGAUACUACAGCGGUCUGAAUAAACAGGAUUAUGUGCAUAAAACGGAUAUGGGGUACCAGUACACAAAGAUUGGAACGCAUGGUCCAUAUAUGACCCAAAACAUACCGAUUCAGAAACCAGAAUUUCCUCCCGCUAUCAAUAUCAAAAAUAUUAGUGCCCGCAUGCCACCUGAAAAUGCACGAGUACAACCUCAUAAUGACGGCUAUUCUAUCCAAAAUUCACACUAUUAUAGCAAUGAAAAUACCACCAGCAAUGUUUCGUUCAACAGUUCGCAAUGUUAUCAUAAUGAAUACGAUGGGCAGCCUGAGUUUAAUAGUGGCUAUUAUGAUCCGAAAGUACAAUCGUACUACUACGAAGGAGCAGCAUACCACCAUCAUCACCACCAUCACCCCAAUACAAUUGGAUCACCUGCAGUACAGUCUCCUAUAGAGUAUGCUCCAACAAACAAUGUUCUUACAGCUUCUGAGGUAUCAGAAAAUUAUAAUUUUCAUCAGUCAUAUUACGAUCCUCAUGUAAUAAAUAGUCCAUUUCAUCAUGUAUCCAAUCCCAGUACUAAUACAGCGAACAUGAUGGAGAUAAAUCAUCAACAAUCAACCCACGAUGUUGUGUAUACUACACAUGGCAGUAAUAUGCCCAUAAGCUAUGGACCAAAUAAUGGAAACUUAGUUAGCAGUAACGUAAAUUCGAACAUCGUCAACUUGGAAAAUUCUAAUUCGUCUUCUGAUUUCAAUUUUUUGAGCAAUUUAGCAAACGAUUUCGCUCCUGAAUAUUAUCAGCUUAGUUAAUAAAAAUCUAAAA